AUUCUAGUUUUAAGGUUCUCAUAUUUUGAUAUACAUUUAUUUUAAGUAAAAUUAAGUCUCUGUAAGUCUGUUUUUUAAUAAACGAUUUCCUUUUCAUUUUCAAUGUUAGCUCAUCAAAGAGCUCCUAUACCUACGCAUUACAAAGGUUGGUAUGACGUAAGCACUGAGAAACAAACUUAUUAUUACAGCAUUGUUUCGUACUUAGCUAAGUAUCGUUGGUAAAUUUGGACAUACGUUUAUUAGUUUACAAACUCUUUGUACGUAACGUCAAAAAUACGUUGUCAACUUCAAAACUGAUGCAACGACUGCCAAUAAUCACGAAAGAUAAUAGUAGUGCUUACAAAAGAUACAGACAAUGGAUAUAAACUAUACAGACCGUGACCUGAACGAGGAAACGACGCUCCAAUUGAAACAAACAUUGAACAGGUUGAUAGAAACUUUGAUCAAGCCCGAACACUUGAAGCGAGAUCUGUUCUUUGCCGUUUUACUGUACGCGAUGAAGCAAAGUGAUUUUAUAUUGAUCAAAAAACUCGGCAAACCUACUACAAUACAGGACAAUAUUCUAGAGGAAAGAAUACGCGAUGACGUUUACGAAGCUAUGUUUGUCUUGACUGAAUUCGAAGCAACUGCUGUGAAACUCAUCGCUUGCUUUUUACAAGAUGUAGUUUUGACCAUCGCUACUAUACCGCAGAUCAAAGAAGCCACAUAUUCCACGUGUUUUACAACAAACAGAUACGUCUUAACAUCAAAUAUUGGCAUUCCAAUGGACUUUGCAAAUCUAAACGAGCUAUUCUUUUGUUUCAAAGAGAAAAUUGUGAUGCCCCUCAAAAGUUCGAUAUUAAAUCACCACAGAUUCUCGAGCGGCAGCCUAUCUGGUUUGCCAGAUGACAUAUUACAUCAAAUACUUCUGAGUUUACCCUUAAGAGACGUCUUGAAUUUGUCAGAGACUUGCAAAAGGAUUUACAAGGUUACAAUAGAGGAAAGUCUUUGGUGUAGACUUUAUAGGCGGGACUAUUCGAAUGAAUGUAAAAGUGGUGAAAAAAGUUGGCACGACAUGUACAGAGAUAUAUAUGUUAUGAAACAAGCCGAGAAAUUCAAACUCGCGAGGAACGUAGGUGCGGAAACUUUUGAAGAAUUUGGCGAGUUGGCGGAUUACAUAAGACGCGUGGAUUCUCGAUGGGAGGUUAUUUUGUGAGAUUUUUUAUCUUUAAAAACGAUUUUUUAUAUAAUAAAUUAGUAUUUUGUUGUAAUUAUAUGUCUGUGUAAAGAUAUUUUGUAUUUCAAUGGUCAUUUCUCUCAUUCAAGCAGA